GUAGGGGGCGGGCCUCAGAUGCAGUUGUCAUUCCUUACUGUGAAUCUAAAACAGUUUUGCUCCGACAGAUCUUCUGGAAGUUGUUUUGUGAAAUCUUAUCCCACUGCAUUGCCUCCUCCCCCGAUGAGCUAAAGUUAGAAUUGGGGGGGGGUGUUCACGAUUGAAGAGCUUCAGAGCAGAGGUCCCCAAAUAUCCCCAAAUAAUGUAUGAUUUUUAUUGUAGUCUGGCCACAAGAUCGAGAUCCACGUGGAAGUGAAUUCCAUCGUUCUCUCUGAACUCUCCAUAGAUCCAGUUCACCUCUCACUGAUUCAGAAAACGUGCAGUGAGAGAGAGACACAACGAUGAACGGAAGCGAAUGACACUGGAGACAUCUGGAACGUUUUCACUGUUAUGGAGAAUGAAUCAGAAUUCAGAGUCUGCAAGGAAAGAGUUUCAUACAGAACCGACUCCAGAACCAAUCUGGACCCGAGAACAGAAGAAACCAGAUCAUCUUUGACGUUUUGUGUCCAUUUAUUUCUGUUUGUAGAAUUCCAUCAGUGUUGAGUGUUUCUGGACUUUAACACUAAAUAGUAAAUCAUAGUUUUUGGUUUCGAUUAUUUUGUACAUGACCCCCGUACCCCAUCACCCCCACUCUGAGGCCUUUAGGGUGGGUGGAGUCAGCUCAUGGGACUGCUGAGGCGUCGGGGGGGUGGGGGGGCUGCCGGUUUAUCAGGACGGCUCGCCUCCGGAGCUUUUUAAAGCCAGCAGCUCUUGAGCAGCAGAGAGCGGUUCCGCCCGGCGCUCUGUCAGGACCGUCUAUCUCUUCACACCAUCACCGGGUCGUCUGGCGGUGGGGGGGGGCUGGUUCCAAAAUGGAUCUUCAGACAUCAGCGAGCGGGGACCUCCUUAUCUGAGGGGGGGUCCUGCUGGAGUGCUCCUCCCUCUGGAGAGCGUUCAGAGCCCGGCAGUCUUCACUCUCUGCUGCGCGGGGCUGUAAGGACCCCCUGGUUCGGGUCGGGUCGGUACCGGACAGGCUGCUUCUCCAGCAUGACGGAGUGGACUCUCCUCAAACGCCUGUUGGACGCCGUCCACCACCACUCCACCAUGAUUGGGCGGCUGUGGCUGACCGUCAUGGUGAUCUUCCGGCUGCUGAUCGUCGCCGUGGCGACGGAGGACGUGUACGCCGACGAGCAGGAGAUGUUCGUGUGCAACACGCUGCAGCCGGGCUGCUCCACCGUCUGCUACGACGCCUUCGCCCCCAUCUCGCAGCCGCGCUUCUGGGUCUUCCACAUCAUCAGCGUGUCCACGCCGUCGCUCUGCUUCAUCGUCUACACGUGGCACAGUCUGUCCAAGCCGCCGCGGCGCCGCGGCCCGCCGUUCACGCCCGAGGCGUACGCCCGCAGCUGCGACUCCGACAGCUGCUCCAUCCGCUCCCACCAGCACCUGGGACACAGUCUGAAGGACGUUCUGGAGGUCUGCCAGGACCACCAGGGAGGAGAGCCCGGCCCGACAGAACCUCUGACCCGGACCCUCAGGGAGGCGGGCUCGGGCGGCGUUCUGUCCAAAUGCUACGUGUUCCACGUGUGUCUGCGCGCUCUACUGGAAGUGGGCUUCGUGGCGGCGCAGUGGAAGCUGUUCGGAUUCCGGGUCCCGGUCCACUUCCUGUGCCGGGCCCGGCCGUGCAGCCAGCCGGUGGACUGCUUCGUGUCCAGACCCACCGAGAAGACCGUCUUCCUGCUCUUCAUGUUCUGCGUGGGCGUGUUCUGCAUCGUCCUCAACCUGCUGGAGCUCAACCACCUGGGCUGGAAGAAGAUCCGGCGGGCGGUGGUUCUGACGGAGCGGGCGCCGUGGGGGCGCCGCGCAGCCGCGAGGGGGGGGUACCGGACCUUUCCGUCCGACAGCCUCAGCUCGACACUCGGCUUCAGAGGAGCCACCAGCACCACCACGCUGCCCGCGCUGGACCAGCCAGACUGGACCUGCGCUGCCAACUGUUCCUCAGAACCAGAACCAGUGAGAAGACCGGACCACCAGAGAGACGAGAGCGCCCCACAACAGAACAAGAAAGGAGGCAAACAGAGGAGCACAGAGGUUUGGAUCUGAGAACCGCUUCCAGUGGACGUCCAGAAGAACUUUGUUCUGUGGUUCUGACCCGAUCCCUGACUGUGGUCCUCCAAACGCAGCUUUACCAAGACACGUUUCUACUGCAGGAGAUCGACAUGAAACCUGCACGUGCACACCCACACGUGCACA